CCGGGAUCACAGCCACCAUCCAAGCAUCCUCCAACAAACUUUAACAUGUCGUCCGCCAGGUCACCAUACACUCCUUCAUCAAUUUAUUCCAUACGACCCCCAAAGAGCAGAAGCUCUUCCUCGACUUCGUAUGCCGAUACAUGCAAAUUAGUGUUGCGGCAGAGAAAUAUUCGUAUCAUUACUCUGUCAUUUGUGUUGACAUGGAUCCUUGGCAAUACUCUUUCAUUCUCACCGAAGAAUGGAAUUUUUCAUGAGAUCAUUGCGAGCUUGUCCCCUUGGAAAUUCUUCCUGAUAGUCCCCACAUUCAGCUUUGGAGUCCUUCCAUCAUUUAUUUUGCUUCGCAUCAUGCUGCAACAAGAGUAUACGGUCGCCCCCAAACCGUAUUUAACGUUGGCAGCACGGUUAUCAUCAUUCCCCACUGCAACGAUCGCGCGCUUAUUCGUGCUGUAUGCAUUUCAGGGAUGGGUCUUGGCGUUCUCUUAUUGCGUUUCUGCCGGUUUACGUGAACGUGACGAUCCGCGUCUUGCAUUGUUCGCUCCAACCGUGCGAUACCGGCUCAAUCUGAAUGAACGGUUUCUCUUCAUAGCAUUAUCGAAUAUGCUGACUGGAAUUGUUUAUGCGUCGUCAGUCGCCAUAUUCUGGCGCCACAAGGGCUCGUGGCCAAGCUUCACGACGAACCCUCCGCAUCGUCCCAAUUACUUGCCUCAGCUUAAGAUUGUCAUCAUGCCAACAGUGUUACUGGCAAGCAGUGUGUCCAUCAUAUUCUCUGUCAGUUACUACCUUUUCCGGCUUCGUGUCUGGAGAUUCGUUUUAUACUUUGCUUUCUUCCUGAGACCGUACGUGAGCACGUUCGUACGGGCGAAAUUCUCACCGGUGUCCCUUGAGUUGAUAUGCCGUUCCCUUUCUGUCAAUGUAACAACGGCACUGACUUGGGAGAUCCUGCGUGUGAUGGUGGAUGGGUACUUUUCGCAGCCGAUUGUGCUAUCCCAUUAUGCACCAGACCCUAACUCAUGCCUCGUUUCUGGGGUCACAUCGCCAGAUCGGUAUAUCAAGCAUCAUGCUCUCCAUGAACUCGACGUCCUGGCACAGUCCAGCUCGCCAGAUGCUGUUGCGCGCAGAAAGGCACUGUUUUCGGACUUGAAAAUGGCCCAUCCACCCAGUUCCGCCCCAACCAAUGGAUCUUCGAGUGCCGGCGCAUGGGCAGUCAUCUCCCGUGAAUGUCUUCUUCUUUUGGGACGGGAUUAUCAGACACUCCUCAGGCGUGGGGCACCACCUGCAGCUUCUUCCACCCCCGUUUCCGCUACCACAACCCUCGUCGUUCCUACCACGCCCCAAGCGAAGUCUAAAGAUUCUGUGAUCCGACCGGCGGCUGGUAUCUUCCGCCAGCCGGCGAAGUCUACUACUGAGAUCAUAGCAGAUAGUUUUAGCAGUGAGGGUGCGAGUACUCAAGUGCUCACACAUUUAGUGGAAUCGGCCAGGGACGGCGCAUCAAACAUUCAAGAAAUCCCAAAAGUUUUCCUUAGCCAGUCAGUUUCGAGUUCCCCUGCACUGGUGGCCUCAACUUCCCCCAGACCCAACACUAACGCCAGCACGAGUUCGGUUGCGAGUAUGGUGACGGCCGCUUUCAGUGCAAGUCUGCAGACUAUUAGAGAUACCCCGGAUUCAAGGCAACUUCUACGACAGCUGGAUAAGAAGGUGGACCGCAUUGUUCUGAAUCGUCUUACUCCGACCUUGCGACGGAACGUGUACGAUGUUCGAUGGGCACUAUUUGGAAGUAAGGUGGAAUGUGUGGAGUCUUCUCUUCCUUGGCGAAAACUUGACGUUUGGAUUGUGGAAAGCCUCUCGUACCUCACCGCCCGAUCCCUGGAGGAAGAUUCUUAUGGGGUUGUACAGAGAGAUGUUCCUCGCAUCUUAGAAGCCUUCGUGUCUUUUCUAUCAGUCCUGGAGGCAUUUUCACAAGAGAUCCAAAGAGAUGUUAUUCAAGCCCAUUCUUUCGAGCCAUCCGGAGAUGAGGCACUUGAACAAUAUCUGGAGUACCGGCAGCUAAAAGAAAGCGAGGCAGUAAGCGAAAUGAUUGGACCACUUCUUAGCACACUGCGAGGAGGAGUAAGGAUAAUUACGGCGGCCUUUGGUCCGCGGUUGGAGGCAUUCAAAUUUCCGCCAGAUGUCGCUGUGCAACUCCAGCUCAUAGUAGAACAAGUAUGAAUAGCUAUACACGCCACAAUAAAAUUAAGCUAGCU